UCAUGACACGUACGAGCACUGCCACUCAUAACAAAAACAACUGCGAUUGUUUUUACGUAAGAGUUACAUGCCUGCUCAUUGUAAGUAACGUUCAACUCUGCAAAUAUCAUAGAGCGAACUAUGGGUAUCUUUGAAAACUUAAUAUAUACUUGGGUGAUGUUCGUGGUCUUUGUUUUUGAAAUAAGCGAAAAGGUGAAUGGAAGAAACCAUGGAUUAGUCCUCAAGCAAGAAGUUGUCUCAAUUUAUGAUGAAAACUUCACUGACAUUCCCAAGGACAGGGAGCCAUAUUAUGUUAAAGUUCAACGAUGUAUCAUCGAAAAAGAAAAAAAUCCUAUGUGUUCAUUAUGUUGGCCCCAACCUAUGACAUUGACAGAAGUCGAGAUUGUCGUUCCUGAUUUAAAAUACUACACAAAAUUUUACAAAUAUAUUGUGUAUAAUCACACUUCUUGUUACCUGGAAAAGAACUUGACAGCCUUGAACUUUAAUCUACACAAGAAUCUACCUUCAAACGAAAUUAACGAAACAGAAUUUACAACAAAAGUAAAAUACAAUCCACCAAACGUGAGAACAUGUAAUGACUAUUGCAAGCAUCCACAACCUCGUUUUCAUCUGUACAGUGAAUAUAUAAAGGUUGUUUUACAUUAUCUCUUUAUCCCAUUCACUCAAUGCUUGCCUGGUUGCAAAGCAACAGAAAAAUGAAGAUUGUCAAUACAAAAGCAUAGAUGGUUCAAUCCAAUUUCAAGUCGUCAGGGAACAUAUAUCUUGCAAUCUCUGGAGCACAACACAACAGUCCCAUUAAUUCAGCAUUUUGGAAGUGGAGAGAAAGUAUACGAAUUUGUGCAGUGAACAUAAAGAUCAAGUAAUUUAGUUGGUGCUAUUGUUUAAUGCAGGAUGGAAAUAAUAGAAAUUCACAAAAGUUUAUAAGUAUAAAAAAUAAAUCAAUGUUUCAAUAAAGGUUUCAAAAUUAAAGCAACAGAACAGCUGCA